AUGAUACCAGACACACUGACCAGCCUUUGCAGCCUGAGAAUAUUUGAAUUGGCAUAUAAUGAUGUUCAAGGGGACGUGACGGAGUUCAUCGAGAGUUUCAACAAGCUUAUAGGACCUCUGACCACUGCGAUAGGCAUGCUUUCUAACCUGAUUUACCUGAACAUAGGGUACAAUCAGAUGGAUGGUCUCAUCACUCAAGAGCACUUCUCCAAGCUUACAGAGUUGCAGGAGCUGCACUUAUCUGGAAAUUCCUUUACCAUGAAGCUGAACUCUGACUGGAUCCCUCCAAGGAGAUUGCUCACACUAGGAUUAAGAUCAUGCUAUCUUGGGCCGAGAUUUCCUCAGUGGCUCAAAUCACCAAAGAAUAUCUCCUACCUUUAUAUGUCCAAUGCCAGCAUAGCUGAUACCAUGCCUGAUUGGUUUUGGACUGUGUUUAGAAAGGCUGACGUUUUGGACCUCUCAAACAAUAACAUCAGUGGCACAUUACCAGCUACUCUUGGACAGAUGGACACCAGUUUCUUAGAUCUAAGCUCGAAUCAGUUCAUUGGUCCGGUAGAACAGCUGCCUCAGAAUAUAACGACUUUAGAUCUCUCAAGAAACUCCCUGUCAGGGGCUCUGCCAUUAAAUGUCAGAUGGCCAUUACUCAUAGACAGAUUGCUUCUAUUUGACAACCAUUUCACGGGCACUAUCCCGGCAUCGUUAUGCCAAAUGAAGUUACUAACACUGCUUGACAUUAGAAACAAUAUGAUAACAGGUCAGUUCCCUCGAUGUUCAGAAAAUGUGGCGUCAAGUUCAGGAACGGUGCCAUCAAACAUAGCUUCUGUGGAUAGUGAUUCAAGCUCUGAGAUAUCAUCGUCGAUGUCAAUUCAAACUCUGAGGCUCAACAACAAUAGCCUCUCGGAUGAAUUCCCUUUGAUAUUACAGAAUUGCCCAGAACUAACUUUUAUUGAUCUUGGGCAAAAUAGGUUUUUUGGAAGUAUACCACCUUGGAUUGGAGAGAAAUUACCACAGCUGAAAUUUCUGAGCCUCAGGUCCAACAUGUUUUCUGGCUAUAUACCCACCCAGCUUAGAGGACUUCGAUAUCUCCAAUAUUUGGACCUAGCACACAACAACUUCUCAGGUACUAUACCUCGAUCCCUAUUAAACAUGGAUGGCGUGACCAAGACUACAGAAUUAGCAGCUCGGGAUUACCCAUCCAGCACUUCCAGCGACAUGGCUACAGUAGAUGAUGGCAUUACUGUAGUAGAUGACCCCCAACAUCCUGGUGGUGGGUAUGAGUAUGCUAUGAUCGCUAGCAUAUUUGUAGUCACAAAAGGGCAAGGGCGCGAAUAUAUUGGUCGGUUCAUAGACAUAGUGAGUCUUGAUUUAUCCUGCAAUCAUUUAACUGGAAAUAUCCCCGAAAGCAUAGGUCCUGCAGCAGGUUUAGUGAAUAUGAAUCUGUCUUUGAACCACUUGACCGGAAAAAUCCCAGAGAACAUUGGCUCCAUGCACUCACUGGAAUCACUUGACCUCUCCAGCAACCAGCUCUCUGGCGAAAUCCCUCCGGGCUUAUCCGAUCUAACAUCAUUAAGCUAUCUGAACUUGUCCUACAACGAAUUAUCAGGAAGGAUACCGUCGGGGCACCAGCUUGACAACACUCAACCCUUCCGACCCCGCAUCCAUGUACAUUGGCAACGCAGGCCUCUGCAAACCUCCUCUUCAGAAGAGCUGUCCGGGAAACCAUACAGCAGAAAGCCACUUCACAGCGAGCAAAGAGGGAUCCGAAGCGAUGCCCUUCUGUUUCGGGUUAAGCGUGGGCUUUGUGGUUGGCCUCUGGGUGGUGUUCUGCUCCCUUCUCUUCAAGAAAACAUGGAAGGCCUCCUAUUUCCGUCUCUUUGA